GAGGCUUAAAAAAUGCCCCAGGAAAUCGAGACGUCAUCCUGCAGGGCCAUGCAGAUCGCGUUUGAUCGUUUAGAUCUGCCAUCACCACCAACCUUGUUACCUAUUCUCUGGAGCCUCAUUCUCUUCUUUCUUCCAUCAACAAGUCGCGUGCUUCUUCAACAAGUCACGCCAAGAUGAGUCCACAACAGAGAGCACAAGAUGAGAGAGAGCCUUUGCUUCAGAAUGGUCAUGUUGAUGGCGGAGAGGGUGGAGAUAGUCGUGAGGUAGUGUCGUUUUCGGAGAAUGAUGCGAGUGAUCCGAGACAAUGGCCAAGGAGAAGAAAGAUGACCAAUGUUGCCAUUAUUGCCUUGAUGGCUAUCCUCUCGCCUCUUGCAUCUUCCAUGUUCAGUCCUGGUAUUCAACAAAUAGCUGAUGAUCUCAACACCACCAAAAAUGCUGUUAUCGGCUGUACAACUGGUUUCGUGGUUAUGCUUGGUAUCGGACCAUUGAUACUGGCUCCCUUGUCCGAGACCUUUGGCAGGAGAAAUGUCUACAUUUACUGCUACAGUGCCUUUUCUAUUCUCCAGAUCCCGGCUGCACUUGCUCCUAACAUUGCUACCCUUUUGGCUGUCAGAACCAUCUCAGGCUUCUUCGGUGCUGUCGCAAUUGCCAACGGCGGCGGAACCAUCUCUGAUAUGUUUGUGCCAGAAGAAAGAGCCGGUAUCUUUGGUUGGUAUCUACUCGGGCCUCUUCUGGGGCCUACCCUGGGUCCUCUUUUCGGAGGCAUCAUAGUCCAACGAGCAGGCUGGCGCUGGAUCUUCUGGACCACAACGAUAAUCUGUACCGUUAACACCAUUGUCGGCUACUUCUUCCUCCAUGAAUCCUACGCCCCCCUCCUUCUCGGCCGCAAAAUCGCAAACAUGGAAACCGAAGAAGGUACCUCUGGCAAAUACCGCUAUGAAGGCGAAGACGAUCGCCCUUUGAAGAACAAACUGAUCCAUUCGUUGAAGAGACCGUUCAAGAUCAUCACUCAGCCUAUCGUGCUCAUCAUGAGUGCAUACCAAGCCCUCAUCUUCGGAACAACAUACAGCAUCUACACAAACAUGCAAGCGAUCUUCGAAGGCGACUACGGCUUCAACACCGAACAAGUCGGUCUCCUCUACCUCGGCCCCGGUCUCGGUUUCCUGACCUCGGUCUGGUUCCUCGUGCCCCAAAUCGAUCGCGUCUACAAGGCUCUCGGCGAACGCAACAAAUGCAAACCGGUCCCUGAAUACCGCCUCCCCCUCGCCAACAUCGGCGCCGUCCUCAUCCCAAUCUCCCUCUUCUGCUUCUUCUGGGCCGUGGAGAAACAUGCGCAUUGGGCUCUUUGCAUCACGGCGACUUACUUUUACGGCGCGGGGCAAGUUAUGAUUCUCAACUGCACGCAAAACUACUACAUCGAUUCUUUCGAAAAGUACGCCGCUUCCGCUAUUGCUGCCGGAGCGGUGUUUAGGAGUUUGUUCGGUGGUGUCGUGCCGCUGAUUGCGCCGACUUUGUUCAAGAGUCUUGGAUAUGGCUGGGGAGGCAGUGUAUUCGGAUUCUUAUCUUUGGCUAUCGCGCCUGCGCCUUUGUUGUUCUACAGAUAUGGCAAGACGAUCAGGGAGAAAUUCAAGAUUGAAUUGUAAAGAAGGAAGCUAUUGAGAGGUGGUCAAGACGACAGAUUUGAUUGUUUAUCAGCUGUUUGGCUAAUCGAAAAAUUGUACGUUUUAUGAUUUAGGAGCAUCUAUAAUGAAAACAAGUAGGAGCACGAAGAGAAAGAAAAAAGUUUGGUUUGAGCAG